GAUUCAUUUUAAAAAAUAGAACUCAAUAUACCCAAAAUAUAAAUAACCAAACUGAUCAAAAUAUGAAGAAUCAAAUCAACCCAUUGUUAUGAUUUUAAUUAUUUUAUAUAUUCAUAAAUGUGUGAAUUUUAAAAAUAUUACAAGUUACAUUUAUUAAUGCAACUUUGAUUUAAUAUAUUUCUCCUAUUUUCUGAAAUAACAUAUAUCAGACCCACAAAUUUUACAAGAUAUAUGUGCAAAUAUAAGAGGAUGAACUGAACUACUUGAAGGUAAGAAAAUAAUAAUUCAAUUACAUAAUUAAGAAAACAAACAAAAAUCGUUGACGGUUUAAAAAAAUAAAAUAAUUCAAUAAACCAAAAAUAAAUACUUGAACUAAUAUAAAAUAUUAUAUUUAAAAAUCACAUAUCUAAUUAAGAUGAUAAUAAUGAUACUUAAUACUAAUUUUUGUUUAUCAUAUAUAUAGAUUACAAUAUAACCUAAUACUUAUAUACAAACAAAAUAAAUUAUGUAAUAAUUCUUAAAAUUCAAUUAUUUCACAAAUGUUUUUACCCGUGCAUGAGCACGGGAAAGUCACAUAGUAAAUAUAUAAUUAUCAUAUUUAUGUAAGUUUUACAUUAUUUUAUUUAUUAAAUUGAUUAUUUUAGUAAUUAAAAAUUUUAAAUUAAAUAACUUUUUGGGUUUUGUGAGAAAAUAUUGUUACCUUAUAGUAUUAUUUUAGACUUUUUUCAUUUAUUUUAUCAAGUAAAAAUAUACGUUGAUUAUCUAUCUAUCCGUAUUGAUUAAAAAUUGACUACCAAUAAUUGAGUUACGUUGGGGUCACGUUAUAUGUGCUUUGUUUGUACCGUGUUCUCAGGCGUGGCUUACGUUUUUUUUUUUUUUCAGAAAGACCUUUUCUCUCAUUUUUUUUAUCAACUUUAAUGAUUUUGGUGGAGAAAAAUUAAUCCAAGAGAAGUAAAGAAAACCUUGGGAAUAUGAAAGAGUUGGAAACAUUAACUAUUCAACGCGUUAUUUACUGUGACUUGUCUAAAUCAAUUUAACCAUUAUCUAACACGAAAGAACAAAAAAAAAAAACUCUUUUCUCUUCAUAUUCCUCUUCUCUGUAAGAAAGAAAGAAAGAAAGAAAGAAAGAAAGAAAGUAAGAGUAGAAAAAAGAAAGCAAGAGUAACAUGAACACUACUCGGAGAGCUUCAGCUCGAAUCACGUCGGCAGCAUCUCAACGCAGGCAAAAACCAGAGCCAGAACCGGCAGUGAAGAAGUUCAUCAAGGUCAUUCUCCCCUCAACAAUCAAGGAAAAAAUGAUGAUUCCGGCAAGAUUUGUGAGAUUAGGUCCUAAACUCACUGACACUGUGACCAUCCAAACUCCUGUUGGUUUCAAGCGUUCGAUUGGUAUCAAACGAACCGGUAAUGAGGUUUGGUUUGACAAUGGUUGGAGUGAGUUCGCAGAGGCUCAUUCUAUAAGCGAAGGUCAUUUUCUAUACUUUUGUUCCGAAGGGAACUCAAGUUUUCGUGUUAUGAUCUUUGAUGUCUCUGCUUCCGAGAUUGAUUAUCCAAUGGACAAAGUUCAUGUCAUUGAGAGUGAUGAUGAUGAGGUGAUGGAAGUUAUGGACACUGAUGAUGGAGAAGGGUUUACUAGGGUUGACAGUAGUGAUAAUGAUUCCAGUGAUGAAGAAGCGAUUGACUUGGAAAAAUUGUUGAAGAAGAAACCAAGAGUUAACGUCAAGUUUGAGACGAUUAAUAUUGGUAAUGUUUCAAGACUUAAACUAAAGUCAUGUGGGUUUUUCUCCUUCUUCUCAUGUGUGUGAUUUGGUUGUUCAUCUUUGUUGUAGAUUAAUGUUGUGGAUGAGACUCAAGAAGAUAAGAGAGCCUUGAGGAGGAGUAAGAGAAGUUCUUAAUAUAGUAUCGGUUUCUAGCCUCUUAAACAGGCUUGCAUGCUUAAUUUUAGUUAUAUAAUGUGUGCUUAUUAUGUAUUAGAUCUAAUAACUUUAGGCUUAAUUGUAGUAAGAACUUGGCUUCCUUGUGUAAUGUAUUGUCUAAUGUUGAAAUGAGUCUGUAUUACGUUUAAUUUCUGAACUGAAUUUGCCUAGCCUUUAUAUUAUCAUCUUA